AUGAGCGCAGGGACAUCAGAUAUACUGGCACCAGAACAGGAGCCCGUAGAACUCGCACGUUUUAGAGAACAAUGGAAGGCAGAGGUCAGGGAGCGGCAGACUGCUACGUCGGGUGUGCAAACCCAACCCGUUCUCGGUGCCAUCACUGCUGCAGAACGCAUCAUUCCCGCAGCUCGGAGUGAUGCCAGCGCGAAACCCGCUACUAUCACUAACACACUCUCAGCAUCUCCGAGUCGGGGGCCUGCCACCCAUGUCGUCGCAGGUGCGCCUGCCGUCACAACGCACGCAUCUCACGGCCACUCUAAUCUCAGUCCCAAUCUGGCUCAUGCUAUCGAGGUCUACCGCAAAGCUGUUUUUCAUGAGCAGCACAGCCAGCUAGAUGAGGCUCUUCGGCUCUAUCGUCAGGCAUUUCGUCUCGAUGCGAACGUCGACCGUGCGUACUUCAUAGAAGAACAACGCACACAUGAGCGUUCUGCUGCUCAGCCACCUAGUCACAAGAAGGCUCCAUCUACUGUCUCUGUAGAUCAAGUUACACGGGAUGUACAGAAGCUCGAAGUGCACAAGUAUAGCAAGGAUAAAUCCUUUGUGACGUCAGGGUUUCUAGCACAAGUGCUCAAGAACUUUCCUGAUAACCUUGUCUUUCAACCGGAGAAUGAGAAGGAGGGACUACCCAUUAAUCUCAUCCCUGACGAGCUUUUGCUCCAAAUCCUCCGAAUUCUUGACUACACAACGAUUGAGCGGUUUGCGGCUGUCAGUCGUAAGGCACGAAUACUUAGUUUGGAUUCUGCGAUUUGGAGAGAUUUUGUCCAUUUGGCAUAUAAGCCUCCCCAAAUUGCUGAUAAUGACUCUAUAACGAAUAUCGUGGAACUGUACAGUUCGGACUACCGGAGAGCUUAUAUUGAACAUCCCCCGCUUGCGGAUGGAUGGAGUUUACAUUGCUGUUUGCCAUUACAUGUAAGUCAUGCUGUCAGAGAUGGAUUGUCUCCACUUUCUUACAAAACCCGUAGGCGGAUGGGCUCUAGCGAGAACCCCUGGGUAAACGUAACUCAUCUCAUCACAUAUCAUCGAUACCUCCGAUUCUUCCCCAACGGACAGGUGUUAUCCCUCCUCGCUAACGAGGAAUGGCAACCCCAGACCGUUAUUCCAAUGCUCAAGCCGAGCCUGCGCAUGAAGGGUUUCUACAUUGGUAACUGGUCUCUGUCUGGUAGUACUGUUUACAUCACAAACCUUGUCGAGAAGCACCUUUCGCAUGCGCACGCCACUACAGAGCCGCAGCCGAACAAGUAUUUCUUCCAGAUGACGCUCGCGUUGCGUUCACGUCCCCUCGGGCGGUGGAACAAGCUCGAUUUUAUUGGGUAUGACUCAGUCAAUGUGGAGGAUGGGGAAGCGGUGCCGCUGCCGCUGAGGAACGAACGGUCGUUUUGGUUCUCGAAGGUGAAGAGCUGGGCGGGGUAUUAGAAUGGGUUGAUAUACGAGUAUGAUGAGCGCUGGAAGUUUCUCAUGCACGAGACCGAGUAUAUGUGUUGUAACAUUUAAUAUUCGAUGAAUGAGUAUCAAUGAGUCGACAUGUACGCGUCCAACCAAACAUCGUCACCACUCGUAAGCUAAACAUCAUAGCAAUUCAAUAGCAAGCUGCAACUAAACCCUGGCCAGGA